ACUUGGACCAACGCAAAGCAUCGCCGCGACGACUUUCUCUCCUUUUCUCCGUUCAUCUCGAGCAGAGGAGAGGAAUGGAUUCCUCCUCCACCUCCGGGAGGAAGGGAGGAGGACUCCUCCUCUCGCCGCCGCCGGCGGCGGUAGUUGUGGCGGUGGCGGUGCUCCUGUCGGCGGCAGAGGCGGCGACGGAGGAGCCGUGCUACCCGCGGCUGUUCAGCUUUGGGGACUCGCUGACGGACACGGGCAACUUCGCCUUCAUCUACGGCAACGACUCCCGCGAGCCGGCGCUCCGCCCGCCCUACGGCGAGACCUUCUUCCACCGCGCCACCGGAAGAUUCUCCGACGGCCGCCUCGUCGUCGAUUUCAUCGCGGACGCGCUGGGGCUGCCGUUCGUGCGGCCGUACUUGAGCGGGCGGACCGCGGGGGACUUCGCAUGCGGGGCCAACUUCGCGGUGGGCGGCGCCACGGCGCUCAGCCCGGCCUUCUUCCGGGCGAGAGGGGUGCCCAUGGCUGACAUCGUGCACCUCGACAUGGAGAUGAAGUGGUUUCGUGAUCUGCUGAAACUGCUCUGCCCCGGCGACCUGGCCGGUUGCACAGGCAUGAUGAAUCAAUCUCUUUUCCUGGUCGGAGAAAUUGGGGGCAAUGAUUACAACCUACCUCUUCUCAGCGGGGUGUCCAUUACAAAGAUUCGCAGCUUCACUCCGAGUGUCAUUGCCAAAAUUUCUUCUACAAUCACCGAAUUGAUUGGGCUUGGAGCCAAGACGCUGGUUGUUCCUGGUAACCUCCCCAUUGGAUGUGUUCCAAAUUACCUCAUGAUAUUCAAGAGUGGUAAGAAGGAAGAUUAUGAGCCAGAGACAGGUUGCCUCAGGUGGAUGAACGAGUUCUCGCAAUACCACAACAAACUUCUUAUAGAUGAAUUGGAAAAGUUACGCAAGCUUCAUCCUGAUGUGGCCAUCAUCUAUGCUGAUUACUAUGGAGCUGCCAUGGAAGUUUUCCUUUCCCCUGAACAAUUUGGAAUCAAAGAUCCUUUGACAGCUUGUUGUGGUGGAGGAGGACCGUAUGGUGUAUCUGGAACUGCAAGAUGUGGAUAUGGUGAAUACAAGGUUUGCGAUGACCCACAAAAGUUUGGGUCAUGGGAUGGCUUCCAUCCAUCAGAAGCUGCAUACAAGGCCAUUGCAAUUGGACUGCUACGAGGUUCAUAUACACAACCUUCAUUUGCUACCACCACUAAUUCGUGCCCGCAAAUUACUGAGCUCAGUUCUUCUGUUGAAUACAAGAACUGCAGAACUGUUCUACACAGAAUGGCUGUUGCCCAAGUGAUUGGCUGGCUCUUGUUAUUCCUUCUCUGUUUUUAGUCACGACCACAAGGUUUUAUUUGUGGAUCGUUUGAUUCUUCGUAAAUUUUUAAGAUUUAUUAUUUCUUAUAGGGUAUGUGUAGUAUUAUUAUAAUUUAGCUCCAUUGUUUUUCUUCUGUGUA